CCGCUCAGGGCGUCACUAGAAAUGUCAACUUCCUAGAGACCGACAGAAACCCGGAAGUUAUAGAAGGUAAACAACGAGACGGGAGAAAGAGAACGGGAUCGUCCUCAAGUCCCGGGGGAAGAUGAGCUGUGGAUUGUGCUUUCCACGAGUCCAUCUGGAGAUCUGUACUGUAAACAAGCUGUGAGUCAGGCCUUCUAAAUAUACCGAUGCAUCGCCAGCCUCCAAAAAGCCGUCCAGCCACGCUGCCACCCCAUUGGCUGAGGGGAAGCUGGUUGCCAUGUGCAGAGCUGGAACAUCUUUAAAGCUGGGCCGAAAAAGCAGAUUGUUCCUAAAACAGUAGAGCGGGACUUUGAGCGGGAACAUGGCAAGCUCCAGCAGUUGGAAGACCAAACCAAAAAGCUGCAAAAAGACAUGAAGAAAAGUAUAGAAGCAGACCUAGCUAUGUCCAGGUCUGCAGUCAGGAUCACAUCAGACCUUCUUGGGAAUCCACUGUGUGAGCCGGACGAAGAUUUCCUAUCCAUGGUGACUGCACUGGACACGGCAAUGAAACGUAUGGAUGCCUUUAAUCAAGAAAAGGUGAACCAAAUUCAGAAAACUGUCAUGGAUCCACUUAAAAGGUACAGCAGUGUGUUCCCCUCACUAAAAAUGGCAGUGAAUCGCAGGGAGCAGGCACUACAGGAGUACAAGAGGCUUCAGACAAAAGUUGAGAAAUACGAAGAAAAGGAAAGAACGGGGGCAGUGAUCGCCAAGUUACAUCAGGCCAGGGAAGAGUUGCGCCCCAUCCGGGAAGAUUUUGAGGCGAAGAACCGCCAGCUGUUGGACGAGAUGCCAAAGUUUUACAACAGUCGAAUAGAUUUCUUCAAGCCUAGCUUCCAGUCAUUGAUCAGAGCAGAGGUGGUCUACUACACGGAGAUGUCCCGGGUAUUUGGAGAGCUGGCGCAGCAGGUGGAUGAGGUGCAUCUGUCAGACGCCGAGAGAGAGAGGGAAAACGAGGCAAAACUAGCCGAACUGCGGGCCUUGUCCAUCGUAGCGGAUGACUGACGACGAUCGUUACUGAAGGAACAAUGAUAGGGUUAUAGUCAACGUUGUAACAUCAGGUGAUGUCUAAAGAACUGACCAUUAUCCACGCCUGCGCUAACCUUAUAAUCCACAAACUACUGAUACAGAGAGUAAUACACUGCUGCCCUCAACGUUUGGUUUUUAAUGGCUUCCCACAUGGACCCAUUACUUACCUGAUAGAAGCCAUAAAGGAAGAACCAGGGCGGUAUGGUUGUGGCCAGGAGCUUAACUAAAUCUUUAAGUGCCUUUUGUGAAGAAAAAAAUCCCCCAUUAUUUUUCAUAUAUUUUUUGUCAUCUCUUUUUACCUGCUGCACAUGAUACAGUAGGUCCCUCCUGCUGUAUGACUGUUAUCUCUCAUAGCAUUGCUUGGUUAGGAAGGUUACUGUAAGUUGUACGUUACUUUUAUGUUACAUGUAGAUUGUUGUUUGUUGUCAUACUUGCAAUAGUGGUCUGAAACGCCAUGUUCUUCCUCACAUGCCACUUUGGUUGCUUCAUCACAUUAGGACUGGUUGGGAAAGGACACCUGUUUUAUGGUACGCAUACUCCCUCUUCUGGCUAACCUUAAUAUCAGCUGACUGUUGUAUACUCUUGGUCACACACAUCUGUAUUUUACAGAACCAUUAUGCCAGUUUCACACAUGCACCAUGGUCAGGCUGUAAUACAUACACAAAAAUGCUAACUUAUUAAAGGAGUACUGCAGCUUUGGGCCAAUUAUCCCAAGGCUAAUAAAAUUUAUCCCAAGGCUGAGUCACACCCAAGUGUCUGAUCGCAGAGUCCGAACGCUGGGACUCCCCUGUGAUCUCCUGUAUGGGACCCCGGCUCUUCAGCGGCUCUCCCCAUGCAGGAGGAGUGUCAACCGCAGCCAACAACCCCCCCCCCCCCUCCAUUUAUCUCUAUGAGAGAGGUGGAGAUGCAGUGUUCGUGCAUCCUCGUCUCUCCCAUAGAGCUGAAUGUAGGGGGUGUCUGUCGACCUCUUGGUGAUGUUGACUACCCAAGCAUUAGCUGCGCAGAGCCGCGGCAGUUCUGGGUCCCCGUACGCGAGAUUGCAGGGGGCCCCAGUGGUCGGACACUAAGGGGAUAAGUUGUCUAAGGCUGCAGUACUCCUUUUAAAGGUUGCAUUUUUGUAUAUGUAUUUCAGCCUGACCGCAGAUCUACUGAACCAAACAUAGUCCUCUAUGAUGCUGUCAGUUUGGGUCAAUAGACCUGCAGACAAGAUUUGCAGCUGUAUAAAUUAUAUGUGCACAAAAAUGUGACGCCAUGACACUCAUGUGAAAUUGAACACACUAGUAGCAAAACUCACUUUUGGAAGCCAUUUUUGUCAAGUAGGGUCACAUUCCAGAUCAGUUCCUCUUUGUACAUAUGAGGGUAUGCUAACUUGUGAUCGCAGGGCUUGUAAGUUACAUAGAAAUAAGAAGUUUACUUGCAUGCAGGUUUUCCUCCAUUAGGUACCGUAUUUUUCCGCCGUAUAAGAUGCACUUUUUCUUCUCCAAAACUGGGGGGGAAAAGUUGGUGCGUCUUAUCUGGCAAAUACACAUUAAAACAAUGUCCUAUCGCGGCGGUCCCUGCAGCCAUCAACGGCCAGGACCAGCGGCUAUUACAGGACAUCACCGAUCACGGUGAUGCCCUGUAUUAACCCUUCAGACGCAGCGAUCAAAGCUGACCGCCGCGUCUGAAUGAAAGUGACACUAACCCGGCUGCUCAGUCGGGCUGUUCGGGACAGCCGCGGUGAAAUCGUGGCGUCCCGAACAGCUUACAGGACACAGGGAGGGACCUUACCUGCCUCCUCGGUGUCUGCUCCGUGCCUGGAUCCCCUGCAUGGCCAGUGCUCUCCUUCGUCGUCAUCACGUUGCUGCGCACGCCGUCCUAUCAUCCUAUAGGAGCAACGUGCAUAGCGAUGUGAUGGCGGCGACGGAGAGCGAAGAUACCGGGCAGCAGAGACGUUCCGGAGCGAUGGGGACACCCCGGGGACGCUUCAACAUCGAUUGAGGGCGACAUCCAGGGCAGCGGUGACGAGCGGUGACUGGUCCGGAGCGGCGGGGACAAGUGAGUAUUACCUCCUAUACCAGUGGUCUUCAACCUGCGGACCUCCAGAUGUUGCAAAACUACAACUCCCAGCGGCUUUCCGGGCAUGCUGGGAGUUGUAGUUUUGCAACAUCUGGAGGUCCGCAGGUUGAAGAUCACUGUCCUAUACUUUACAUUGUAUUUGGGCCAGAAUCUUUUUUUUUUUUUCUAGAUUUUCCUCCUGUCUUAUAUGGCGAAAAAUACGGUAUUUGUAUGUCGCUGCAAACAGAAGUUCACACACAUUAUAAAGCUGAAGGAAUUUCAGGCCAUGCUCCAAAUCAUUUGGGUUUUAAGGUUGUGGUAUGCUCUGUGAGUGUACAAUAUAAGUAUGAUCCCUAUAUGCUACCUCACCUGCUUACCAAAGAACUAGAUGGUCAUUUGUCCCUCUCCGUCCAUUCGCCAGUUAUCUAAGCUAAGACAUGGCAGGGUUUAUCAUCAUCCAUAUUAUGUGAUUUACCUUUAACCGUAUGAGCAAAAGCCCAUUGCACAUUUGUAGAUCUAGCAGAGCAGAGUUUGUCAUUUGACACAAAUGGUUGUUUGCAGGUACAGCUGUUGUCACAAUGUACAGGGCUGUAAGGAAUAAUAAGAGAAGAUGUCUGUUUAUAGGUAGGUGAAAGAAUGGUGAAAAAAAAAUAAGAAUAAAAAGUACAAAUAAAAAUAAUAAUUUAUAACUAUAAAAAUAAUUAUUUCUAAUUAUGUAUUUAUAAAAGAACAUAUCUAAGGUUGCCACAGGGCCAUUGUGU